AACACAAGUUUAAGACUGUGUCCAUAUGAACAUUGGGAGAAGGCAGCAAUGUCGGCUUGUAUUCCUUCGGAGAACUUCCAUUGUUUACAUGACGAAUACGACCGGAUUGGAUGGCUGUGUACCGAACCAAUAUGGAUUGAGAAAGGAAGAUGCCCUGUUUACAAUUCUGGGGCCAAAAAGCUGGAUUCUAUUUCCUGCAAUACAGACAACUGUCCCUCAGGGAAUUACAGAUCGAAUUAUGCUUAUAUAAAAAAUGGCUGUCGCUUGAACACAAAGAAAACCGAACAAAAGAAUACAAUAAACAGCACUGUAAGCACUGAUACUGAAGUCAACAAAACAACGGGUAUGGAGUACUUUGCAGCAAUUGGUCUGGACAUUAGUAACAACAAUUCAUGA